CCACAUUUCCUUUUUUCUUUCUGUCUUUCCAUUUCUUGGAUGCAUUAAAAAUAUGGACUACUAUAAAGAACUCGAAUUACCGACAAACGCAACAGAAGAAGAUAUUAAAAAGGCUUAUAGAAAGUUAGCCCUGAGAUACCAUCCAGAUAAAAACCAAGAACCUGGAGCAGCCGAGAAAUUCAAGAACAUAAGUGAGGCAUAUCAAAUACUUUCAGAUCCUGAGAAAAGAAGAGCUUAUGAUAACCAAAGCUAUGAAACGGCUUUUGAUACCGAUGGCCGUGAUAAUACAGCAUAUAAUAUGAAUAGCGGUAGAAGACAUUAUAGUACGACAGCAGCCUUUAGACAAGAUCCCAUUUUCACCACCUUCCAGUUUCGAACACCUGAAGAUUUGUUUAACCAGUUCUUCCAAGGUCAAGACCCUUUCCAAAUGUUUGCCAAUGACCCAUUCUUCAACGAUGGCUUUUCGAGAACAGGAGGACUACGAGCAGCAUCUGUGUUACAAACUCCCUUGUUUUCAGCGCUUCAUGAUCCUUCACAACCGAUAUCAACUCAUCUGAACAGGAGUAACAGUAGCAGUAGUAUGAGUAAUGGCAUACAUCAGCCUAUCAGAAACACACGAAGUGUUUCUACUACUACUACAAUCAUCAAUGGCCACAAACAGACAAUUACAAAAAUAAUAGAUCAAAAUGGAACGAAAAUCAUCGAAGACUAUGGUGAUGGCAGACAACGUAUUACCAUCAAUGGUAUUGAGCAAGGCAAUAGUACAGCCCAACAUCCGUUAUUGACAGAGUCAGGUCAACAACAGCAAGUCCCCUCCCGUGUGAAACAUGAGCAAGAUACCACUUAUCAAAUGCCUUCCACAACAAAUUAUAGACCCAACACCAGUAUAGAUUUGAAUCGCGAAUACGGAGAAAAUCACAAUGUUUUGGAUGAAGAUUUAACAGACGGCAGAACGAAAAGCGAAAGUCCAUUCCGUCGGUUACUUUCUCGUUUAUGCUUUUGCUUAUAAGUGAAAUCAAGUACACAAUACUUAUACCUAUACCAAAUUUUUAAGGCCACACAACACUUUGUUUGCAGCUACAAUGUUUGCAAAAGUAAGAUGUAACUUAGGCUUUAUCAAAUCUACUACUAUGCCAGUGAAUACAUACUAGAUGAGUACCAUCUAAACUGUGGUGUAUCUAUGAAGCGAAUUAAAAAUCGGGCUUUGCGGCCAAAGAAAAUCAAUUUGAAAGAGCACAAAUCAAGUAAUACAUUGAAAUUUAUUAUAAUAGCAAAAUCAAACGAAUGGAAGA